UAGUAGGCAGAGUAGACAGGUAGAAGCAACAUGAAGUCCAGAGUGCAAGUUUUGCUAUAGCAGCAUGAUAAUGAAAUUAGAGCAGUAAAAGAUAAAGUGUCUCAGUGCGGUUUAAAGUGACAGUGUUUGUAAACAGUAAUUGUCAUUUUACAGCUUACAGCUUGUGGAAUGGUAAGAUUAGCUUGUGGUGAGGUGAUAUAUGACAUAGAUAGUAUGAUGAGGCUUAAGGACUGAGUUCACUUCAGUUUAGCCUUUUUAUUGCUUUUAAAUCACAGUUCAGUGUAAACAGAUAAGAUUUGAGCAUGCACCUGAACUUUGAGACUUAAUUACCAGCUAAAAUAUCAGGUGAUGUUCUCGACACAGAAAAAAGAAUCUGCGUGAAGGUUUCCAUUUUCUUACAAGGAACGUAAACAACACUGAGAAGAAAACUAAGUUUGUGGCUGUAAUUAUUAGAACAGACAUUCUCAUAUUUUAAAAUGAGCUUCUGUGGCAUACCGGACACAAAUAGAGGCGAGAGUCUAGUUCAGAGUGAUCAUGCACAGGAGAGAUCGGAAUCACCUGAAUCCAGCUGUGUGUCCAUUAAGAGUGACCAAUCUAUGGAUUUUCCACAGAAUUUUAAAGAGGCAGAGUGUUCUCCCGCUGCGAGUCCGGUUCAGAGAGACGGUUCCCAGGAGAGAUCAGAAUCACCUGAACAAAGCUGUGUCUCCAUGAAGAGUGACCAAUCAAUGGACUUUCCACAGAAUUUCAAAGGGGAAGAGCACUCUACUGAUGUGAGUCUGGUUCAGAGAGUCUGGUGUCCGGAGAGAUCAGACUUACCUGAACCCAGCUGUGUCUCCAUGAAGAGUGACCAAUCAAUGGACUUUCCACAGAAUUUCAGACAGGAAGAGCCUUCUCCUGCUGUGAGUCCGGUUCAGAGUGACUGGUUUCAGAAGAGAUCAGAAUCACCUGAACCCAGCUGUGUCUCCAUCAGGAGUGACCAAUCAAUGGACUUUCCACAAAAUUUCAGACGGGAAGAGCAUUCUUCUGAUAUAAGUGUCCAAAAGGAGACAUCUAAAUUUACCAGGUCAAAUAAUUUAGAAACCGUAUUCAAGACUGUGGAACACAAGCUAAUCUCUGUGCUGCAAAAGGAGCUGAAGAUGUACAUAAAGCUGCUGAAUGCAGAUUCCUCAGCAUGCUGUGAGAAAGAGGUAGAGGAUGAAGAAGAUCAGAGCAGUGGCAGAGAGGAAGUGUUGAAGCUUACACUUGACGUCCUGAGGAACACGAAUAACACAGAUCUCGCUAACACACUGCAGAUAAAGUGGGUCUCAGAAUAUCAGCAGAAACUCCAGUCCAAACUGAUAGAGAAAUAUACAAAAAUUAAUGAGGGAAUCUCACAGCAUGGAAGAUUAACCUUCUUGAGUGAGAUCUACACAGAGCUCUACAUCACAGAGGGUGAGAGUGGAGAGGUGAAUAAUGAACACGAGGUCAGACAGAUCGAGACGGCAUCCAGAAGACCAGCAACACAGGAGAAACCCAUCAACUGCAAUGAUCUCUUUAAAGACAAACCAGUCCGAACAGUUCUGACUAAAGGAGUUGCUGGAAUUGGAAAAACAGUCUCUGUGCAGAAGUUCAUUCUGGAUUGGGCUGAAGGAAAAGCCAAUCAGGACAUCCACUUCAUAUUCCCACUUCCUUUUAGAGAGCUGAAUUUGAUGAAGAAGGAAAAGCUCACUCUGAUGGAGCUUCUUCAUCACUUUUUCCCAGAAAUAAAGAAAUUAAAAUCUUUAGCCUUUGAUGCUUAUAGAGUCCUGUUCAUCUUCGAUGGUCUGGAUGAGUGUCGACUUCCUCUAGAUUUCCAGAACAAUGUGAUCUUAAGGAACGCUACAGACUUUGCCUCAGUGGAUGUGUUGCUGACCAACCUCAUCAGGGGGAAUCUGCUUUCCUCUGCUCUUCUAUGGAUAACCUCUCGACCAGCGGCAGCCAGUCAAAUCUCCCUUGAUUGCAUUAAUCAGGUAACAGAGAUACGAGGAUUUACAGAUCAUCAGAAAGAGGAGUACUUUAGUAAGAGAAUCAGUGAUCAAACAUUGGCCAAAAACAUCAUCUCACACAUGAAGUCUUUAAGAAGCCUCUACAUCAUGUGCCACAUCCCAGUCUUCUGUUGGAUUGCAGCCACUGUUCUAGAGAGAGUGUUGGGUAAAGCAGAGACUGGAGAGAUCCCAAAGACUCUGACUCAAAUGUUCACACACUUCCUCAUCUUUCAAAUCAAACACAGGAACCAAAAGUACAAAGGAAAAUGUGACCCAGAUCCUCAAGAAACUAAAAGGAUGAUUCUGGCACUGGGAAAACUGGCUUUCCAACAGCUGGAAAAGGGCAAUCUGAUCUUCUAUGAGGAAGACCUAAGAGAGUGUGGCAUUGAUGUCUCAGAGGUGUCAGUGUACUCAGGAGUUUGCACCCAGAUCUUCAAAGAGGAGCUUGGGCUUCAUCUGGGGAAGGUGUUCAGUUUUGUUCACCUGAGUGUUCAGGAGUUUCUUGCUGCUUUGUAUGCAUUUCUCACCUUCAUCAGCAAAGAUGGACCAAAACGGUCACUUUAUGUCUUCUUUGGUAUUUCUAAGAAGUCAAAAAUGUCAGAUUUUCUCAGGUCUGCAGCGGACAAGGCUUUACAGAGUGAGAAUGGACACCUGGAUCUAUUCCUUCGCUUUCUUCUGGGUCUCUCCGUGGAAUCCAAUCAGGUUCUCUUACGAGGUCUACUCGCAUUUACUGAAAGAUGCUUUCACAGCAAAGAGGGUACAGUCCAGUGCAUCAAGGAGAAGAUCAGAGAGAAUCCCUCUACAGAGAAAUCAAUCAAUCUGUUCCACUGUCUGAAUGAACUGAAUGACCAUUCUCUUGUGCAAGAAGUUCAAACAUACCUAAGCAAAGGAAGUGACCAUCGUCUCAGUGGAGGCUGGCUCUCUCCUGCCCAGUGGUCAGCACUGGUGUUUGUGUUGCUGAACUCAGCAGAGGAGCUGGAUGAUUUUGUACUUAAUAAAUAUCAUCCUUCUGAAGAAUGCCUUCUUAGAAUGCUGCCAGUUGUCAAGGCAUCAAGAAAAGCUGUGUUAUGUGUCUGUAAUCUUACAGAGAAAUGCUGUGCAGCUCUGGCCUCAGCACUCAACUCCUCUAGUCUGAAAGAACUGAACCUGAGUAACAAUAAACUGCAAGAUUUAGGAGUGAAGCUGCUCUCUGCUGGACUGAUAAGUUCACUCUGUAAACUUGAGAAACUUUGGAUGUGUGGCUGCAGUAUCACAAAGGAAAGCUGUGAAACUCUCGCCUCAGUUCUGAGUUCAGAGAACUCAAAUCUGAAAGAACUGAACCUGGGUAGCAGUGAACUACAGGAUGCUGGACUAAAGAUGCUCUCUGCAGGACUUGAGAAUCCACAUUGUAAACUAGAGACACUGAGGCUUGGAAAUUGCAAAAUUACAGAGGAAGGCUGUGCUUCUCUGGCUUCAGCUCUAAAAUCAAAUCCCUCUCACCUGAAAGAGCUAGACCUGAACUGGAAUAAUCCAGGGGAGUCAGGAGUGAAGCAGCUCUCAGAUCUAUUGGAAGAUCCACGCUGCAAUUUAGAAAUACUACAGCUUGGGUACUGCAGUAUUACAGAGAAAGGCUGUGUGUCUCUGGCUUCAGCUCUAAAAUCAAACACCUCAUCACAACUGAGAGAACUGAAUCUGAACCUCAAUAAUCCAAGACAGUCCGGAGUGAAGGUGCUCUCUGAGCUACUGGAAGAUCCACAUUGUAACUUGGAGACACUAUACAUCACACCUGACCACUGGAUAUUACAAGAGCACACAGGGGAUGAUGGGAAGAAGAUGGAGGCUUGUUGAAAAAAAAAAUACUGUCUUUAAUGUGUCAAACUUUUGUAGCCCAUUUAUAUCAUGCUGAACAGUGUUUUGCUUAUUUUGUAAAGGUCCACAAACAUUUUCCUUUUUCAUAUUCUACCAAAAUGAUUUUUAGAUCACGUCAAAAGCUGCUAUGCUAAGUGAACCAGGACACAAUAAUGAUUAAUUGACCUGAAAUCUCAGCCAAGAUUAAAAUGAUGGUUAUAAAUAAAUGUAAGCUUGCUCACAGAACAGUACACUGCCUUUCUAGUGAAGAAAGUCAAAUAAAUAUCUGCUCAUUUAUAUUAAUAACAUAAACUAUUACUUAUUUCUGUAUUAUUUAUUUUUUAUACUGAAAUAAAUAAAUCACUUUUUAUAACUUGAA